AUGUACAGGACUGUACCUGCGGAACUCGUCAUUACUUUCAGCCCAGAGAUCCAGGUGCUUCCGGAUACGGCAGCUGUUAGACCUCAAUUUCUCAUUGAGAAGAUACUCCGAGUCCAGCCAAAUGUGAAGAAGCUCUACUUGCUAAUUAGAGCUCGAGAUUCAAUUUCAGCUAAAGAACGUUUUAACAACGAGGUUAUAAAGACAGAUCUGUUUGGAGUUCUAAGGGAGAAAUUGGGUGCCAACUUACAUGCCCUUAUAGAAGACAGAGUUUUCCCUGUUGCUGGUGAUAUAGCUUGUGAUAAUUUAGGGAUAAAUUCUGAGCUGAAAGAUGAGAUGUGCAGAGAAAUAGACAUAUUUGUAAACUCAGCUGCUGCAACUAGAUUUGAUGAAAGAUAUGAUACUGCAAUAAGGAUCAAUACACUGGGUGCCUUGAAUAUUCUUAAGUUUUCCAAACAGUGCUCAAACGUAAAUAUGCUUCUCCAUAUUAGCACAGCCUAUGUUUGUGGGGUAAAGGAAGGAUUGAUACAAGAGAAGCCAUUGCACUAUGGUGAGACGCUUAAUAGAGGAUCUCACUUAGAGAUAGACGCAGAGCAUAAGUUGGUAGAGGAGAAACUAAAGGACCUUCAAGCUAGGAAUGCCACUGAAAAAGAAGUAACUUUAGCUAUGAGGGUUCUAGGUAUUGAGAGAUUUAUCUCACCUUUCACGAGAACUAUGAUUGUUCAGGGCAAAGAUGCAUGGAUGGCCAAACACAUACACCUUCACAAAAGCAAUGGGAGAGAUGCUUUUAGGAUACUUAAAGGAGGACCUCCAACUCAUAAUCCUAAGGCCAACAGUUAUAUUAAGCACUGUUAG